AUGACCAAAAAACUCUCCUAUCCCGGUCUCAAAUGCGUUCUCGAGUACUUGGAGGCAAAUCGACGUAUCUACAUCACCGCCCGUAGCCCCGCCCUCCAAAGAGUCGAAAAAUCAAUACCUAUUCAUCUAAAAUACCUAAUGAUUAGUAAUAAUAUUGAUUUGAACUAUAUCGAAAUGGGAGUGUAUUCUGAUACUGCAUUAUAUAAAAUCGAGUUCAAAGUGAGAGAAAAAUCUUUCCUUAGGCCAUAUCCAAUGCACCUGACAUGCGAGGAGGCAGCGGAGGAGAUGCAUGAGUACUACUUCGGAGGAAGACUGAAUAUUUACACAGAUUAUUUUUGGUUUUUCAAAAGAGAAGUGGAAAAUUUUCCAAAGUUUAACGUGACAACUAAUGAAAUGACAGUUUAUAAUUUUCUACUUAACGAUAUUCUCCAAUACAUCAAUCCUAAUAGUUUCCCCCUAAAAGAGCUGACAAUCGAUUGUAUUGAUGAUUUCAACCAUCCACAUAUUCGUUCUGCAAAGAAGCUUUGCGUUGAGAUAAGUGACGACCAAAGAAAUGAAUCAUCAACUAGAAUCCAUGCAAUUCAAAACAAAAAUGUAGAAUUAGAAUAUGAAGUUCUUGAAUGGACGGAUGUAAUGGGCAUCAUCAGGUAUUGGAUGGAAAAUGGAAAGGAAACGGGCACCACUAUUGUACGCAAAGACUAUCGCGGUGAUUCGAACGACAGGAUUGUGGCUAAACUGAGAAACGAGUUCAGGGAGAUUUUGAGUGAAUUAACCGGAGUUAAUGAUCAAUUCCCUAAUGGAACACCAGGUUUUUCCAUUCCACUAACAACAUCAUCGAAAAUUCUUGUAUAUGGACGGAGAAAUCCAGAAAGAAAUAAUAUCGAAGAGAUUGUCUUGAAAGUUGUGAGCAGUCAAGCGGACGGCAACACUAUGGAGAUAAAGAACCAAUAA